AGUGUGAUGGAAAACUGUGAGAGAAGCUCUAUGUCCUCAAUGUCUUCAGUUUUCACUCCACCUACAAAAUCUGCUGGCACACCAGUACAACCUGCAAAUAAUACAGCAAGGAUUUCUACAAUGAGACCUCUUGCAACAGCAUAUCAAGCUUCUCCUAGUGACUAUCAGGUCGUUUCUGGCAAACAAACUCCUAAGAAAGAUGAAAGUAUUGUAUCUAAAGCAAUGGAAUAUGUGUUUGGCUGGUAA